ACAAUCGGCGAGUUUUGCUGCUGCUUUAUCAGAAUUUUCAGCAUUUUUCCAGCGCAAUUUUUAUUUGCAUUGAGAUUUUUCGUAAUCAAAUUGUAUUUAAAGCGGGCCUCCAUUUGCGGUGUGUGUAUGAAGUGAAAAGUUAUUUGUUUUUAUAUAUAUUGCACACCGAAAUUUAGUUGUUCAAAGUAUUGAGCGCGUGUCACAAAAAUAGCAAUUAACAGCCGCAGGGGAACAACGUUCUUUUGGUGCAGUUUAUUUCUUAUACUUUAUCCAGUGAAUAAAACGGAGACUACAAACUCUUGACAAAUGGUCGCAAACGCCAAUCUCCGAGGUGCCUUUCAAUAAGUUGCUUAGCUGUGCUAAAUAGUGUCUCCUAUGAAAUAUAAACAUUCGAGUUCCGUCUAUUGACCGCCGGUAGUUAGCGCCAUCGAUUUUGCAACAGAUUGAACUAAACCAAUAACAACAAAACAUACGUAGAAAACAAUAAAUAUAUAUGUUUAUAUACAGCUUGUUGUGAAUAUGGGCCAUUGAAUUAUAAACUGUCAGCAUUAUUUUAUUUGCAAUAGUUUAGUGGGCAUAAAAGUUAUCCAAUCAACUGUUUUUGUUGAUGUUUUCAGUAGUUAGUGGAAGCGCUAGUGGCGGUUGCGGUGUUGGUGAAGAUAAGCGUCUUGACGCUAUGAAUGCCGUCUGUGUGUAUGUAUCCACGGCGCAACUAGUAUUGCAGUCCGACACAACGGAGAGCAACGGACUCGGCGAGCAACGUAUGUUUGACCUUACCCGGUUAUUUGGACAACUAAGACAGCUGCUUUCGUGCGCUGUAUGUGCCCGUCUACUGAAUGACCCAUACGCACCACUCAAUAAUGCGCGCUGUCACCACAACGUUUGUCGGCUUUGUGUGCGCGGUCGAAAAGCUUUACGACCCCUUUGCAUAAGUUGUAAGGAUUUACAGGAUUUUAAAACUUAUGGCGAAAACAAGACGAUGCGUUGCUUACUGCUUUGCUACAAAAGCCUUUGUGAACAUAUGUUAGGUACGAACUUUUAUGCUCAGCUCAGCCGGCAAAAGGCUCAUCAGGCGUUGACGUGUAGUGGAGAGAAUGUUUUUGGAGUGGCAUCAAUGCCACAUAUGACAACAUGUGGUGACAUAAUUCAGGAAGGAGCACGAUAUGAGGACAUUUUGAAUGCCUUCAAUGCUGACUUACCGCAAAUAGGUCCUGCGGUAAAACUACACCAUCCGCUUGCCACUAUGCCAACAGUGGCGGCAGCGGCCACAAGCCAAUCGACACCAUUGUCCAUUAGUGCAGUUACGCCUCUAGCUCCGUUAACAAUGCCCCAAAAGCGCCUGCACACUCAAACCGCACCACGAUUGGCAACACCUCCUAACCCGCCGGCGGCGAUCACCAACAGUUCAUCAACUUUAAUACCAACACACGGAACCAUUAUAAAGCUGGAACAACAAAACACUAAUCUGACAUCUACGCACAGCCAUGCGCAUUUGGUUAUGACAUCGAAAGUGAAUUCAUCGGUGUCCAUACAAGCACAACCACACAAUCAAUCGCAUAUGGUGUAUGUGAAUAAUUUAAAGUCAGGAGUCGGUGAAUCCGCUAAUGUGCAUACGUCACAGCUAUGCGCCACUCAAUCCAUUGUGGGAAGCAACAACAACAGUAUGGCACCGCUAUCUGCUGCACCCACAAUUACAUACGUUGGUCCGAAUACGCCCGGUAUUGUGGUGCCUAUUGUUUCUUCAUCCGCCACAACUACUGCUCCCUUAACGAUAGCUUCAGCCAAGCUGCAAUCGCUUAAACGUCAAUUGGCGCAAGCGCAGGCACGCGGUGGUGCACCAAUUAGCAUAGCGUCUGCAGUAAAGGCUGCCGGUUUAACGCAUUCUGAUACACACGCUCCAAUCACUUUUAAAGUUUCGACUACAACAAAACCUACAUCAUCGGCAACAAUCUCGGCGGUGGCUACAUCCACAAUCGCAAACUCAAUAUCGAUAACCUCCGCCACCCCAACGACCACUACUGCCACAAUAACUACACAACAAAUACGAAACCCUCCUUCUAUAAAAACGGUUUCCAACGGCUCGGCAAUGUACUCUGUGUUGUACACCGGUGUAGGGAAUAAGAUUACAAUUAAAAGAAAGACCGACGGUGAUGAUGAAAGUGGGCAGAGAAAAAGCGUUGCAACUUCAAUUUCUACAUCGUCAACUCCCUCAACUACACCUGCGGCUACUAGCAACACACCAGGCAUCGCACAGCAACAAACACCUGCCAACAAGUUAAAUGCAAAACGGCGCGGUUGCCGCUGCGGCAAUGCCACCCCAACGCCGGGUAAAUUGACUUGCUGCGGUCAGCGUUGCCCCUGCUAUGUAGAUUCCAAAUCUUGUAUUGGUUGUAAAUGCCGUGGCUGUCGUAACCCUCAUCGUCCGGAUGGCGGCAAAGUACGUCCGGUAAUUCCAGAACUGGCUUGCUAUGAAAUUCAAAUGGCCGACGAAACUCCAAGUUUGAGCCCAACCGAUUUGCAGGUUGGCAACUUGCUGUCGACGCGCACUCACACUAUUUCCGCGGCGACAUCAACAUCGCCUCUUCAACUUUCUGCGCAUCAACAGUCCGCAACAGCUGUGUCUGAGCAACAUAACUCUUCGUCUACAGCAAUGUCGUCAUCCUCGGUGGCAACUGUGCCAUCUCAACUACAUUUGACAACAUGCACAUCCUCGCCGUCUUCCAAAGGAGCUACUCUAAUACCAUUCAUCAGUUUGCACCCCAUUUCGUCGCAGCAAUCGCAACACCAACAGCAGCAGCAACAAACCCAAACAAUCACAAAUAUAAGCAGUAACCAGCAGCAAUCCAAUAUAUUGCCAAUGGAAUCGGUACUGAUACAAAAUGCCGAGGGUAAAUAUCAAGUUGUCAACGUCUUGACGACGGGACCCACACACCACCAGCAAAACAAUUCCAGCAUCCAGCGCAUUCAUAAUAUUCCCCAACUACAAGUCGUUUCAUCAGCCUCUAGCAAUAGUAGCAAUAAUAAUAGCCACACUAUUUUGGGUAAUAUGACGACAGUGAAUAUUUUAUCAAGUACAACCACCAACACCGUCGCGUCAUCGCCCACGACUGUAACCACAAAAAUUUCUCCACAAAGUGUAUUGCUGCAUCAGCAACAACACACAAAUCGUUUGCAACAGCAACAACAUCAAUUACAACAAAAGCACCAUCAGCAACAGAUGCACGCACAGCGGCUAACUUCUUCCAAUAUCGUUACAACGUCUACCAAUAACACAACAACUUCUGCUGUAAGCAACAGUAGUGCAACAACCUCGAUACCUAUACAACUACAACAUCAUCCUAGCCACCACCAGCAUCAGCAACAGCAGCAUCAACUGCAUCAUACCCAUGCGCAAAACCAACAAAUUAAAUCAAAUAUUAUAACAAUGCGUCCUGCAAGUGUUAGCAACAGCAAUGCACAUCAAUCACAAACCCUCACACCGAUCCUAACAUCGAAUGCCUCAGCCACAACCAUCACCCUAUCGCCUAUCAUUAUGUCCUCGUCGCCCAACACUUUCAAGGCCGAAUUGUUUUCGGACUCCUCCGAAUCAGACUUCAUAAAUUUUACCACAGGCGCCGUAACAUCAACGACAGUCGUUAAUAGCGGCGGCAACAAUAGCAAUAUCAAUUCCAACAUGCUAUCCACAAUCUAUAGCCACAGUGGCCUUUCGAGCACGCCAACCGCGCCACGCAUAACAUCAGUGACAUCGCUGAGUAGUGGCAGUAAUGGGAGUAGCGCGAGUGGCAGCGCCAGUCGUAUGAGUUUGGGCAUGAACAUGAAUAUCUCAGGUACGGGAUCGCAUAUAACACCUGCGUUGGUGGAGGUAAUUGAAGCCAGUGAUUUGUAGCUGGAGGAAGAAUGGGAGUAAACAACUACUUGGGUAAGAAUACUUGUAAGAUAAAGAGAUCGAGAAUCAAAAUGAGGCAGCUGUUAAAUGUAAAGAAAUAUGUGCGGAGAGUUUUCGCUAUCACUAAAAUUGUAUAGCCAAUAUUUCCAAAAGCUGGCAUACGAUGGACACCAGAAAUUGUAUAACAAUUGGAGCAGUAUUUAUAUAUAUUAUAUAUUUUUUUUUUUUUAAUUUUUGGCGACGAUUAUUUGGCGUUAGCACAGUAUAGUAUUUACUUCAGUUGGAAUAUCAAAUAUUCUACUUGACGAAAAGAAUGAAAAUAUCUGUCACCGUUUUAAAAACAUUCAAGUUUACUGUGUACAGUUUUUAUUGGAUAAAAAAUUCGUAUACAGUACGGCACUGGGCAGUAGCAGUCGCUACCAAAAUUGCCACUUAUGGCCAAUUAAAGGCUGUAAAUUUCAUUUAAAGGCCGCCAAAGUAGGCCACAACUUUCAAGCUAAAUUGAAUUUAAACUUCCAAUCGUGCCGGAUUAAGUUAAGAUCGAAAAUACGCCGCGUUAAAUUUACGCUAAAAACAAAGAAUUUGAGAAUCUGUAGUUAAUUAUCUCGGGAAUUGUGUUAAAGAAUUCUCGGGGUAUCGGGGGUCGGGUAAUGGGUCAAGGUGUUCUAAUUGCAAUGUAAAAAACAACACCAUGCAUAUUCUUGUUGUUUCCCACUCGGCUAGCGAAUUUAAACGCAAAGUGAGUGGUUUAUUAUAUUUAGUGCAAUUAUUUAUUGUAAACAAUUAACAAUAUUUAUGACAUUUCUAUCGGAAAUUAUAGGAAAGAAAAUUUUUAGUUUCUCAUUUUAUUUAGUUUUAGUCGUCUCGUCUUAAGCUACUUUACCAAUACCACUAAGGUAUGUAGUACAAACUUUCGUAUAAUUCACAGAGGGACUAAGAAUAUCUUAUAAGGUAUCGAAGUCUUUUAUAUAACUGUAGUCACUAUCAAUAACCGCCUAAAUCGAAAAUCAUGAUUUCGAGAGGAAGCACACUUUAUACACAUAUGGUCAUUAAAUUAGGUAUCCCCCACAUUCAUACCGAAAAAGCAAGUUUUUUCAAUUAACAAUAGCAGAUGUUGAAUUGCAUAUAGUUUUUAUUUAUCAGAUUAAUAUAAUAAAUAUAAAUAAAGGGAAAUAGAUAAAGCAACUGGUUUAAAUGAUCAUAUAUUGCCAACGCGGGAAUAAAAAUAAAAAAAAAUAAUAAUAAUUGGCGCGUACACUUCUGUGAGGUUUUUGGCCGAGCUCCUCCUCCUAUUUGUGGUGUGUGUCUUGAUGUUGUUCCACAAAUGGAGGGGCCUACAGUUUCAAGCCGACUCCGAACGGCAGAUAUUUUUAUGAGGAGCU